AUGAGCUCCGCAGCUGAUGAAUUUCAGUUUUUCCGUGACACGGUCAGCGCAGCAUCAACGCUUGAUUCAAGGGAAUCUAAAGAUACCCUAAAACUUGACGAGUUUCCGGAAUGGGUUGCUCCAAUCGAACUUGGACAGAACAGGGAAUACACGCAAUGCCGCCAGGAGCUGUAUGAUACCGAAAAAGCUUACUUGGCAUAUUUGUGCAUCAUUCAAAAGCUUUUCGUCAAUCCCAUCGCAAAGCUGCCGAAGCUCGUGCACAGAAAUGAUGCUCGGAAAUUGUUUGGAGAGCUGACGAGCAUAUACAUGACGAAUAAAGAAUUACUGAUUUCACUUCGGUCAAAACAAUGUGUCCAUGAAGCUUUUUCGCUUAUCGUACCUUUCCUGAAGCUUUAUGCUUCAUACGCUGGCAACUACCAAAAUUCACUCAGCAUGUAUUCGAAGCUGAUGGCCAAGCCAAAUUUCCGCUCUUUCAUCGAGGGCCAGGAGGCCGAUCCGCGGAUGAUGGGCAUCAAAUUCCACGCUCUAUUGAUUAUGCCGAUUCAGAGAAUUCCCAGAUACAUUCUCCUGCUCCAGCGGCUACGCGAGACUACAAAUCGGACGAAAGAGAAAGCUGACCUGAAAAGGCUAAUUUCCCAAAUGGAGGAGCUGACCUAUCUGAUUGACAGUUGCAUUGAGGAGUUUGAGAAUGGGGGUAAAUUGUGGCAAAUUCAGGAAUCGCUAGCCCUAAAGGAAGGAAUUGUCGGGCCAGGCAGGAGAUUAUUGAAGGAAGGUACGCUGUAUAAGAGAAAUCUCUGCGGCGAAGCAACUUAUCAUGAGCGCUAUUUUUGGCUUUUUAACGACAUUCUCGUUUAUGGAAAACGACGAAUUGGAAUGGGCCCUCGGUACGAGUGCAGCUGCAUUUUCAUGCUUCGCCACGUCGAGCUGACCUAUGUGGAAUUGGAAGGGGCGAUACAAAUCAAAUGCAAAAAUCAUUCGCUAUCACUGACGUCGGAUAGCUAUGAUACGAUUGUGGCGUGGAAUGAGAUGAUGAAAGAAGCGAUUGAGCGCGUCAAGAUGCUUCGAAAAACUUUGAGAAAGGAUAGCUCGUUGCAGCCGGUCAAGGAGUUCAAGUCUCAAAUCCGGAAACGAUUCACCAAGAAAUUCGUUAACAAUACCUACGUCUAUAAAAUGGGAGCGGUGCUGAAGAAGGAGCAGUCGCUACGCAAGAAAUGGAGUCACGCCCUCUCCUCCCCAUCCGACAUCAACGUGAUGGAUACGCCUAGCCGACCUGGCACUUCCAAGAUGCAAGAUGUUGUUGCACAGCCCGAACCCACAGAAUUGUACGAAACGCCCCCGGGACGCAAGUAUGAAUCUCCACGUAAGAAACGGCAAGCACCAAAGAGUCCGUACGAUGAUGAGCUGCGCGAGAAGUUGAGGAAAAGACGUGCGGCAAACGGUGAAUCCGUAUACCGGUCUACAGUCCCGGAUCGUCCAUCUUUGGAUGAAGAAUUUGGGUCUCGGCGCGCGUACGAUCGAUUGAACGUUGUGCCCGUCAACAUCAACUCUCCAGCCCUGGAGAUCAAGGACGAUGAGCCGAAGAUGAUCCUGAAUACGCUGCAAAUUCGGAAGUAUUCGUACAUGGAACCACGUGCAGGUGAGAAACGGAAGUCCGUCUUUGAUACGAUGGACUCGGUGGACACUAACGGAUCUUCAGAAAAUAUCGAACCAGCGCUCCAACCUCCACCCACCAAGAAAGUCCCUUGGUGGAUCGCCGAGGCUCAACCGGCCGAAUUCCGGAACAACAGACGUUCCGGAAUUAUGGGAAAUUCGUGCUCGAUUUUA